ACAAGAAAUGGUGCCAGUUUCAGAUGAGGGAUGCAUGAGUAGGCGACAAUUAAUGACGUAGAUCUGUCACUGUUUAAUUGCUACCUAGAUAUUAAUUAGGUCAAACAACGAAGCAACCCGAAGGAAAUGUUCCGUCUGUACAUGCCUUGUUUUGACGUUUUUCAACAAUCACGAUUUCUCUCUUUAGAUCUAAGACGGUCGUAGGUUGGGAUUUUUUUCUUUUUUUCGGAAACUUUACAGUCAUACCGUGAGUCGAUCGCUGAGAAGUAAAGAACUAAAUUACCCAGAACGAUUAAUAGUCACGUGACAUUGGUAGCUGUACCUUCACCAUGACGAUAACUUACCAGUAUCGGGUGGCUAACACAACUCUGGGAGGCUUUGUCAAACUUCUGGGAAUGUGGAAAGGAAGCGUCUACAAACUCGUAUAUAAAGAAAUCAUCAUCUUUUCCUGUCUGUAUGCCGCCAUUAGUCUCACUUAUAGGCUAGCACUCAAUGAGGAACAGAGAGUAGUGUUUGAGAGCAUCGUUCUUCACUGUAACAACUUCACCAGUCUCAUACCUGUGUCGUUUGUCCUGGGCUUCUACGUCACAAUGGUCAUCGGCAGAUGGUGGCAGCAAUUCAUUAACGUACCGUGGCCCGACAGGACUCUGUAUCUGAUGUGCUGCUAUCUCCAAGGCAAAGAGGAAAAGCCCCGGAUUCUCCGCAGAACAGUUGCCCGAUAUAUGCUGUUUGGUCUCAUUCUGAUCUGUAGGUCCAUCAGUGUAGCCGUCAUGAAGAGGUUUCCAACUCUAGACCAUAUUGUCGAGGCAGGUUUUAUCACGAGCGAGGAAGCCAUGCUAUAUGAAAAGGUAGAUUGUAAAUACAACAAAUUCUGGGUGCCGCUCAUGUGGGCAAAUGCAGUUUUGUCACACGCACGACGAGAAGGCCACAUCAAAACUGACUGGGGACUUAGAAUGGUUAUUGAGUCAAUCGCCGAUUUCCGGGACAGGUGCUCGCUGUGUUUUGUUUACGACUGGAUAACAAUUCCGCUGGUCUACACCCAGGUUGUCACGCUUGCAGUCCAUACGUUCUUCCUUACGUGCUUGAUAGCGCGCCAAUUCCUAGAUCCCGCCAAACGUUAUCCAAACUACGAGUACGAUAUGUACGUUCCCGUAUUCACUCUUCUGGAGUUCUUUUUCUACAUGGGUUGGUUGAAGGUUGCAGAACAAUUGAUCAAUCCUUUUGGUGAAGACGAUGACGAUUAUGAUAUCAACUGGCUCUUGGAUCGACACUGGGCGGUUGCUGUCACACUCGUUGAUGAAAUGUGUGGCGAUUUCCCGCCACUAAUAAAAGAUCUGCAUUUCGAUGAAGGAGCAACGGAUUUACCGUACACUAACGCCUCUCUAGCAUCCAAGAAACCAAUCUUCCUGGGAUCUUCUUAUAACUUAACGUGUCCUCCUCUUCACGACCAGCGCAUCAUCCAUCCUGACGAGAUGGUAGACUAUAACGACAAUCGCCAUUCCGUAUUCCAUCGCAUCGGCAACAGCUUUGCGGGAUCCAUGCUCAGCCUUGUAACGGGAAGACAGUCUUACUCUCAAUCCAAUUAUGGAGAUCAACUCAGCGUUCCAUCUGAGCAUUACUCGGCCAAUCUUAAUCAGCACAUGGACCAUCUUCAUUACACUGGGGAUCAGACAAAGACGAGAACUCACUCAGUUAUAGGAUCCACGAACAAACCACGGCGGAAGAUUUCAUUUGAGGUGUCAGACGCGCGGCGAGGUUCUGCCUGGUCAUCAGACACUCGUUUGAAUAAGCCAGAUUCGGAUUGGGAGGCAAGAGCACGUGCCAAUACAACUGGCAAUGAUCCAGAAGAUGUUCCUGUCGACAAAACAGAAAGAAAGAGAAAAAGAAGUUUCCCACUCAGCUUUUUGUUCAAAUUGGCUGACUCCAGGAAGAAUUCAUCAAGCUCCCUUGGUUCUUCGAAAACGGUGAAAUUACGUGACUGCAAUGAGGUGGAACAAGACUCAACGCCUGAGUACGUUCCUCUGAGGAGGGCCACGACUAUUGGUCCAUUGGCGAAGAAUAAAUCUGUCGAUAACAAAAUCAAUGAGAGGAGGAGGAAGAAGAGUGCGCCUCUGUCGUUCGUGUGGAAUCAGUUUGAGAAUGAUAUGGUUAAAAACAAUUCCAUGGAUUCCCUUCCAACCAAGCUCGAUAGUCCAGCCACCAGGCACAAAGCCUCAAGACUGCGAAGGAGAAUGUCCCUAGACAGCAAAUUAUUCACCAUAGAACAGGUAUCAGACGAUGUUCCUUUAGAUGAAGAAUUAACCUUGGUUCAUCAUAGAAAUGCUCAGAAAAUCAAAGAUUCAAUGAGUGGGAAAAAUAUUUCUCGCGCUCCUAAUCUGUCUGCCAUUGAGGAGGGCGGGACAAUCACCAGCAUCACGCAGAUUUUACCGGAAGAUGAAGUUCCACAGACUCCUGAUGUUAUAGAAGAGGAACUGGAAGAGGAUGUGCCGACCGAGAUUCAUGUGGACGAUAACAAGAAUUCUGAAGAGACAACUCCCCUCCUAAAUAGACCUAUUCCAUCCAUUGUAAUAGAAGAAUGGUGACUGUAGUGCAAAAGAGAUCACCUGUCAUUUAACUCGCGUAACUACAAGCAUCUGGUGUGGAUAGUGCAAUACAUUUACAUACAGUUUAUAAAGUUCCUUGUUGAAAUUUUGUCAUUACACCACCACACAUUACAGUCAUGAUUUUAUUGUGGGUUUUUUUUCCUUUGCAGUUUUGUCCACUUUUACUAGAUCUGCUAUUGAUAGAACUGAUGAAAUAUUGAAUUUUUAUAUAUAUUAUAUUAUUUUGUCAUGUUAGAGUGAUCAUAUAUAUAGAUAGAUAAAUAAUAAUUUUAUUUUCACAAUAAUUGGUAAGCUUCUGAAGACUUCAAAUGAAAGCGCUAAAGCUUUACUAAACGUCUUCAUGUAUCUUUUUUAUUUUUACCUAUACAUGUUUAUAUAUAUGUCACGGAAAUAGCAAUGAACUCUUAAAUGAAAUUAACUGCCCCAAGUGAAAAAAAUAUUUAAUAUAAAGCACAGAAAAUAUAUAUGUAUCCUUAGGAUAACCAUUAUAAUGAAAAUGACAUGCAAUAUAAGUAAUGUAUUUCAUUGACUGUUGAUUCUCAGCUGAAUAAUAAAUUUGUUGGAUACUC